AUGGUGGACCUAAGGAACGGGAGCACAGUGACAGAGUUCAUCCUCGUGGGCUUUGAGCAGAGCUCCUCUACCACCCGGGCAUUGCUCUUUGCCCUCUUCCUAGCCCUCUACAGCCUUGCCAUGGCCAUGAAUGGCCUCAUCAUCUUCAUCACCUGGACAGACCCCAGACUCAACAGCCCCAUGUACUUCUUCCUUGGCCACCUGUCCUUUCUGGAUGUCUGCUUCAUCACCACCACCAUCCCACAGAUGCUAAUCCACCUGGUGGUCAAGAACCACAGUGUCUCCUUUGCCUCCUGCUUAACCCAGAUGUAUCUGGUUUUUGGUGUAGGUGUAGCUGAGUGCAUCCUCUUGGCUUUUAUGGCCUAUGACCGUUAUGUUGCUAUCUGCCAUCCACUCAGCUAUGCACAGAUCAUGAGCCGGCAGGUCUGUGUAAAGCUGGUGAGUACUGCCUGGUUCUUUGGGCUGAUCAAUGGCAUUCUACUUGAUUACAUGACAUUUCGUGGUCCAUUCUGUAGAGACAACCACAUAGAAAACUUCUUCUGUGAGGCCCCCAUAGUCAUUGCCCUCUCUUGUGGAGACCCCCAGUUUAGUCUGAGAAUGAUCUUUGCCGAUGCCAUCGUGGUGCUGCUCAGCCCCAUGGUGCUCAUUGUCAUCUCCUAUGCCCGCAUCCUGGCCUCCAUCCUUGGCAGGGCCUCCUCCUCAGAACUAAAUGCAUACCUUCUCCCUCUGGUCUGUGUCCUGGUAUACAAACCUUUGUUGGCUGCCUUAAUGGGUUUUGUUGUCUUCUACAGCAUGUUGUGCUCAACUAAUAAGAGUCACUUAGCAGGAUUAGAGGAAGGCAGGAGAAUGCCACCUGGCAUGGACAUAGCCUCAGAAGGGAGUCUUGGAAUGAACUGGUAUGAAACUCUCCCCAGGGAUCCAGUUAGAAUGGUAACACUUCAAGAAGAGAUAGUUGGCCUUAUUACAGUUGGCUCCCAGCAGUAA